ACCGCAAACGACACGAACUGUUGAUUAUUCUGCUAUUUUUCUAACUACAUUUUUCGGUGUGUAUUUAAAAAAAAAUUGCGUGAAACAAAAUAUCAACAGUUUGGAAUAGGUUCUGUGAAAACGAGCACGCUAAUAAAAAGUGGACAACAUGAAGUUCUUUUUGCUACUAGUUGCUAUUGUCAGCCUUGUUCAGUUAUGUUCAUGUUCAAAAAUUGGAAAAAAGCAAACCACCCCAGUGCCAAUUACAGAUGAUAGUGCCAUAGCAAAUGCUACCGAAGCAGUUGCGAAAUUGGAUCCUAUGGUGCUCAUCAAUUUUGCCAACAUAUUCGAUAAGUUCAAGCCCGAUUCGACUGAUGAGGAAAAUAUUGAAGCUUCGGCAAGACUCUUGAGUAUGGCAGUGAAUGGAGAUUUAGCAAAAAUCAAUCAAACUCUAUUUGACUUUUGGAAGAAUCGUAGUAGUUCAGAAGAGAUUGACAGCCAAUCAUCUGAUGAGGUUUAUUCACCAUUUGUCUUAGAUGAUUUGAGUGAAAGCACACUAAAGAAUUUGGAAGAAGUAUUUUCAAAAAUAUUGACACCAUCACAAACCGAACAAGCCAUGACUAUACUUAGAGGUCUCAGCGAAAAUGCAACAACAACUCAGGAAGAAGCAACAAAAGUGAGUGUGAGCAUGAAGUGAUUCAAAAUCAAUGUU